GCAUCAUGGCAGCCUACAUGAUCCUCCCAACUAUGAGAUGCUCGGUGACACUUGUAACAUUUAGCUAUGUUCCGACGUUAAGAAUCACCUGUUGUCGGGUCUUCAGCAACAACGUGAAAGAUUACGCUAGCUGUUCAUCCAGGUCAUUCUCCUCAGAGUCUAUUGAUUUUGGUGACACUGUCGCUCAGUAUAACCGCUUGGUUCAGUGUGGCUCUUUGAGGGAAGAUGCUCUGCAGAGGAGUGUUCUCCAGCGGCUGGCUCGCCUGCAGCAGACCCUGCAAAACUACAGUAAUACUUCCUACUUGGACCCGCCUCGCCUCACAAUAAACCCCAAUGCUGAUACACUGCAGAAAAGGAAGGACCCCUGCAUUACAGCAAAUAGAGCAUCUGCUCAUGAGGAAGAAGAUGCACCACCUCCCCCACCUACAGGCUUCUAUAUAUAUGGAGAUGUUGGUACAGGGAAGACCAUGCUCAUGGAUAUGUUUUACUGCGGGGUGCAAAACAGCCAUAAAAAGAGAGUCCACUUCAAUGCGUUCAUGCUGGACAUCCACAAAAGGAUCCACCGGAGGAAACAAAGCCUGCCGAGACGAAAGCUGGGCAGCAUGUUUACCUAUGACCCCAUAUCACCGGUUGCCAUGGAGAUCUCCCAUGAAACCUGCCUCUUGUGUUUUGAUGAGUUUCAGGUGACGGACAUCGCUGAUGCCGUGAUCUUGAGGCAACUUUUUCAGACGUUGUUCAAAACCGGAGUGGUGGUGGUGGCGACCUCCAAUAGACCCCCUGAUGAUCUGUACAAAAACGGACUUCAGAGGGACACCUUUCUACCUUUCAUCGACGUGCUGAAGGAGUACUGCCACACUGUCUGCCUCGACUCAGGUGUGGACUACAGGAGGCUGCACAAGACUGGAGCAGGGAAACUCUACUUCCUGACAGGAGAGCCUGGUGCAGACGCUGUCUUGGAUGCGAUGUUUGACGAGCUGGCUUUUGCACAAAAUAGCUUUACUGGUCCUCAGGUGCUCACCGUGCUGGGCAGGGAAGUGACGCUGAAGAAGACCUGCGGCUCCGUUGCAGACUGCACUUUCCACGAGCUGUGUGGAAGAUCUCUCGGUGCCAGCGACUACCUGGAGAUGACGCGGCUCUUCGACAUUGUGUUCAUCCGGCGCAUUCCCAUGCUGACGCUGCGUAUGAAAGACCAAGUCAGGCGCUUCACCACCCUCGUUGACAACUUCUACAACAAUAAGGUGAGAGUGGUGCUACAGGCUGCAGCGCCGUUAGACCAGCUGUUUGUCCACACAGGAGGAGAUGAUGAGCGGGACCAACAACUUUUGGAUGACUUGGGCCUGAAGGAGGAGGUGGCGGCGCAUCUGACUCUUUUCACAGCUGAGGAGGAGAUCUUUGCCUACCACAGGACUAUUUCCAGGCUCACAGAGAUGCAGACAGACACUUACUGGAUGGAGGGGGAUCGUAGAACCACCAAGAAACAUCUCGACACAUAAUUUUCACCAGUGACUACCGGUGGCAGCAGAAGCCAACCACUUUCUACAAGGGAUGAGCUUAUUCCUCUUCAAGGAUGAGGUCAUCUUCAUGCAGCAUUCCAGUUUGGACCAUCCUUCUGCCUUGGCCAAUGCACAACAAAGAGAAAUCUGCUCCCUAUAGACGCGUUCUACUGGGUAAGAGACCAAACAAUUACUAUUACGGUAUCACCAAAAAAAAAACAACUGCAAAUUGAUGUUGAAAUGCAGUGGAGAUAGUGGGGAAGCACAAUAAACUAUCCUUCCCACAAAAGAUUUCUCAUAACAAAAUGCAAAUACAAAUUGCAAUACAAAUGUUGGUGACACGUCAGACACAAACAAACACGACAAAUGUUGUAUGCGACGGCCACGGAUUAACCCGCUUUCACUUGACCUUAGCGAGGAGGCUAUGUUGUGUUGGAUGUAAAGUUGCAUCAUGACAAGGCAGCAUGCUUAUGUGCUUACUUGCCUGUCUUCAUCAAUGUGGUGCACUAUAUGGCCUUAAAGGGGGUCAUGGAGGGUGGUGUGACGUCAUCCCUUUAAACUCAGUAUCACAUUCCCUAUUUUAAGUGUGCAGGUUAGAAAAGCACACCCAUUUGUUAGCAUAUGCAAUCUGCAACAAAAGGGUUUGAUGUAAUGUUGUUUAAUGCAAUUCGGGUAUUCAUAAAUGACAGUUUAGCAUUAAGUUAACUCCCAAUCCACUGUAUGUGAAGACUGAAUGAAGCCAGUAUGUUUGAGUACAUGGCAUAAAGUUCUCUGCAGGAGUCAAACUGCUGCAUCAGGUGUUCUCUUUUAUGUGAGGUGAACAAAAAAACAUCAGACAAUGUGUGUGUCUGCUGUAAUCCAGCUCUCUCCUGACUGCCUGUGAGCUUCUAUUCUGCAUGUGGCAGUCUAUAAUGGUGCUUAUAAAUAAUCCAUAACAUCCAGUGAUCUUCAAAGGCGCUUCGAGCAGCGUGGUGCAGUAACUGAAGUCCGUCACGUGUGUAUUGAUCCCUUUUAAAUGCUCAGUUUUCAUGUUUAAUAUAUGAUACGAGCAUUUGUGGCCUUUUUUUUUUUUUAUUGUUCUUAAUAGUUGCAUGUGAUGUAGUUUGCCCACCCUCAACCUAAUUUAUAACCAAACUAUCCAUAGAAUGAUUACCUUUGUAAUGGACAUUAAUGUACACUCCAUAGUCUAGGUGUACCUAAUGUUUUGUCUAGUAAAUUACAACACUUAAUUUGAAAACAUUCUUGACAUCAAUAUACAUUUUUAUGUCAUUUACGAUGACAAUAAUGC